AAUUGCCAAAGACCCCCGAAGAGGAUACAAGCUCUGUAAUUGUACCUCGGCGCCUCCUCCUCCUCGGCUCUCUCCUUCUCUCUUUCUCUUUGUGGAAAGUGCUCGCAUCUCUCUUUACAAAUCAUACGAUGCAAUCCGACGAAUGUGCCACCUCCAUGGAACUUGAAAAAGUUCCAUCUGAAUCAAACCGUGUGUCUUUUGCUUCAAAACCAAAUUGUGCACCCUUGAAGGUUCACAAGAUAUUCGACGGUCAAGUUCCAUUCAGGAAAGUCUCUGUACCACUGCAUCGAUAUACGCCUCUCAAGAAAGCGUGGUUGGAAAUUUACACUCCUAUAUACGAGCAGAUGAAAAUCGACAUUCGUGUGAAUCUCAAGGCUCGCAAGGUUGAAUUGAAGAUCAGAUCAGACACACCCGACAUCAGUAACCUCCAAAAUGUGCUGAUUUUGUGCACGCUUUCAUGCUUGGAUUCGACGUGA